CAGCUAAUUAUCAAUUUCUCUUUAACUCAAAGAGUAAGUGUCCAAUCGGCAAUCAUCAUCUUGCUUGAUCAUCCUUCAAACUUGGGCUGUAUUUUCGUAUACACACGCGUGCAAUACACCCGCACAGCAGUUAAUGAGCCUUAUCAUGAAAACGAUCAAUGGGCCUUAUGGUGUGAAUUGCUUGGUCGCAUGUUUUUAACAAAAAAACGACUCAUUCAAGCACACACAGACACCAGACACACAGCACUCCUGUGGUGCUUCAGCAAUUGACAGGAACGAGCGUAACUGACAAAGUUGGCAUAGGGGUAUUAAGUGCGCUUGAAUGAGCUGUUAUUCUUGAAAACAUGUGAGCAUGCAAUUUGCAUCGGGGAGCUUUUUGUUGAUUUUUGUUAUACCUACUGACAAGGCUCAUUAAGUGCUGUGCGGGUGGAUUGCACCCGCUGGGAUAUGAAAAUGCACCCUUAGUUUUACCCAUUUAAGUUUUGCAAUCAAGUAAGAAAUGAACAGCAAGGGACAAUAUCUAGUCCUAUCUGCUUUAUGAUCUUUUAUUAGCAAAUCCUGAUUUGCUAAUAAGCAAUUUGUGUAGUCAUUUCCAGUUAGAAAUCACUGUUGGAAAUUAAUCUAAUCCAAUUCAUUAUGAUUUUUGUAAUCCCAAUUUGCAAAUCCUAAUGUUGUACUGUUUUUAACUGCAAUGAAAUCACUGCCAAUGUUUUUAACUUUGGCAGGCUAUGUGUCCCAUAUAUGAAGAUAUUUGACGGGAGUAAAGAAGAAAAAGAAAUAAAGAAAAUUGAACAAAUAGAAAAAAUGUUCCAAUUUUUAUUGGCCCACCCUGUAUACUAACAGUUGCAAUACUACUCACAGUUGUACACACUAUCUACUCAUGGUUGUAUUAUCAACUCACAGUUUCACUUUCUACUCACAGUUGUACACACUAUCUACUCAUGGUUGUAUUAUCAACUCACAGUUUCACUUUCUACUCACAGUUGUACACACUAUCUACUCAUGGUUGUAUUAUCAAAUCAUGGUUUCACUUUCUUCUCAAAGUUGUACACACUAUCUACUCAUGGUUGCAUUAUCAACUCACGGUCUCACUU